AUGGCUUCGCGAGCUUUCGCGCUCGGUUUCAACGCGCGGCUCGGUCGUCUCGGCGAAGGUGGUUGGUCGGCCACCUCGACCACGAUUUGGGGCUGCGCCUCCGCCGCCAUCUUGCAGUCCCUCGGCAGUGCCGCCCGACUUUCACAAAAGCUUCCUGGUCUCGAUCGCCUCUCGCCGAUGAACCUCUCCCUUAUUUUUCGAAUGCUCGUUCGUCUUUUCGUAAGAUCGUCCGUGAUAGCUCUGCGGGUGCCGACGAUUUGUAUCGUUGGCGAGCAUGGAUCUUGCACCAAGGCCCUCGGGCAGGCCCAGAACAAAAGCUUGCGGAUUGUAGCGGGAGCCUUUAAGCACACCCCCAUCCGCAACCUCGAGACGGAGACAUGGGUGCCGCCGUUGGACCUAUAUCUCAACAAACGGCUUGCGGACUUUGAGACCAGACUCCAGCGAACCGACCUAGAUGACGGCCAAGGCAGCAAGAAGACCGCAGGGAGCGGGCCGACCGCGAACUGUGGGACUGCGGGAGCCCACGGCGGUGGAGAAAGCCGCGAGCACGAUCGCGCGCUGGACGGGGGGAUCGCAGACACGGACAGGGGAGUAGAAGAGGCUUGGAAAGCGAGGUGGUUAAAGGAACGGGACGGCAGGGCAAUCACCAGGCCGGCGGACGACUUUGACCAUCAGCAGGAGACGCUAUUCCGGAACGAAACCCUAAGGAGGCACGACGGUCUCAGCAAGGCGAAGAGCUCACUGCUGAUUCAAAUCCGGACGGGAGCAAUAGGCUUACGGGACUUCUUGUUUACACCGGGAGUCCAGGAGGUUCUGACUCCUGCCUGCGAGUGUGGCGAGGGACGAGAGACUGCCGAACACCUGGUAGUGUGGUGUUUGGCCCCACCGUUGACUCGAAGAUGGGAGAGAACUGGAAUUUGGACACGACGGGACUUUUACUCUGUUCUACACGGCAUCAAUCCCACGACUGCACGGCUCGCGAGGAGAGUCCUCGACUGGCUGAUGGACUCGGGGAAGCUGCCGAUGUACAACUUAGCCAGGAGGCUCGUUCCUGUACACUAA